AUGCGACGUACCCUGAGCGAGCCCUCGUUGGGCCGAACGCGGGCCUCUGGAGCAUUCUCGAGGUCCAAGCGCUUUGAGCCAGCGGAGCCUUUCUGGGUGGACUACUCACGGCGGUAUGGCGGCUAUCCGGGGUCUCCGGCCUCCAGUGCACCCACACGGAGUGGAUACAGGAAGCCACCCAGUACAACCAGCCCCUCCAGCCCGCAACCGCCGGGUGUGCGGCCCUUCCAGCGCAGCACCUCUUCCUGCGAGAUUGCAUCAGGACCGCCGCCGAUGCAGGAGUUGGUCCCGACCCAGCUUAAGAGCAAAGUUCUCAAACUGGUGCGGGAGUUACCGCCGCUGGACUCGAAGCAUAGAGGUGCUGUGGUUAUUGAGAUGAACUGGAGCGAGAGCGGCUAUCUGCCUGCCCAUGCUCAACCGGGCCAGGAUCCUGACACUUUCGUUUGGGGUGAGAAGUACAAGAGGAUUGCGGCCGAAUUGAGGGAGACCCUCGCUGACAAGGCCAUCACUGUUUCUGAGUUCAGAACGCCCUCAAGUCUCAAGAGUCUGAAGAAGAGCCCUGGCAUCUAUGACCGGUAUUCGGAGUGGGAGCGGCGCCUACCCCAGGGCAUGCCAUCCAACGUUUCCCACAAGUCAUCGGGGCCGAGCCGCAUCGGUGCUUUUGAAGUUCAUCUUGUUCAGGGCACCUGGGACCCCGAGCGUUGCUGUCCGGGCUCCCUCCGCAGGAACCAGGUGCACCAAGGCCCUGCCGUGAAUCUGCCCGAAGGCAUCUACUGUGCGGCUUGCGCGGAGGUCAUGCGCUCUGGAACCUCAGCGGCUUCAACGAGCUACACCAAGGAGCAGCUUGCAGAGCAGCACCUGCUUCUCCACUCGAAGCUUUGGACUCGGCGCUGGCCUGGUCUUAGGUUCUUGCUGGUGCGCAUUGGUGUCGCUACGCUGCCACCUCCACCACUGGUUCCCCGACCGGUCUCCCUGAUGUCGGUGGAUCCUCCCAGGGCAGUGCUCCAAGACUUGGUCCCCGCAACACUCCAGUGUGAGCGGAAACCGACUCUGACAUUACCAGAGGAUCCUGCAGCAGUGAUUCGAAAGAAGCUGAGUGCUCUGGACUGCCCGGCCAAGAAGGGAUGGAAGAUGAACUCAAGCAUCGACGCCUCGGUCUUGUGCAAGUGUGGUGGUGGAAGCCAUCAGCUGAGCGUUGCAGAGGUUGUUGCUCAGAUCAGCCCCUUGGGCUUUGACGCGGAUGUGUUUCGGCACUAUGUUGAGCAGAAGCGCCGGCAGUUUGAGGGCCAAGACGUGAACAGCUUCCUGAAGUCCUUUCUGGAUACGGAUGGCCAUGACGUCCUUGCCCGGUGCCUUGCAGAAAGGCAGAAAGUACAUGAUCAGAUAGAGCUUGAGAAGUCUUCGUUCCAACGCCUGCUUGAAUGCAAAGACGACCUAAUGCAGCAGCAACGCCAGAUCUGUGAGGGAUACCGGGCCGACUUCCAUGAGGGCCAGGUCCAAUCUGAGAGGGUGUAUGUAAAGUACUGCCAUACCUCUGCAACAUCUGUGCCAGGGGCAGAAGUCAACAUUGACCCUGAGACAACUUCGGUAGACGAUGCACUUCGUGAGCUAAACAAGGCCAAACAGUUGAACGAGAGUCGGGUUCAAGUCUGGGCCGACUGGGAGGAGGGCAUUGCGGGCUGGGAGGACGUGCCUGAAGUCUUCCAACAUCGUCCCGACCUCCAAGAUGCCAACUUCGACAAGGAUGACUCUGAAGCCAAGGCGGCCCAGCUGAAGAAGCAAGCCGACAUGAUCCUUCGGAAGAUGUCCGGGUGCUUGCCAGACCGAGCGACUUAUUCUUCUCGUCUGCUUCGGAUACAGGAGGAAUGGGCGCAUCAUGUGGAGGAGUACCAGAAAGGAGAGGGGCGGGCUAAUGGCUAG